AUGUAUGAUUUUUUAUUUAUGUGUGUUUUUUUAUUUUUUGUUGGUUUUAUCAUCAGUUUGGUUUUAUCAUUUUAUAUUGGUAGCUUCAAAGACACCAAAACCAAUGUAAACGUCGACUGGGGGAGUCAGGUAUCCCAUCUCCAACUUAUCCACCAAAACCAACAUCAGCAACUUCAACUCAAACACAUCCAACAAAAACAAAAGUUGCAACUCAAACACAUCCAACAAAACCAAAAAUACCAAAAAUACCAACGACUAAAACAAAGAAAACAAAUCCGAAAACUCCAAAAACUCCUAAAAAUCCAGCAACUCCAAAACCUCCAACAACUCAUAACACAACCAGAAAAACUACAACAACCACAACUACCAAAACAACCAAAACAACCCCAACAACCACAACAACCUGAAAAACUACAACAGACACAACAACUACAGCAACCACAAAUUAAAAAUGAUCCAGCUCCACAAAUUGGUAUUGAUCAGAUAAAGCCAAAAGACAUUGACUUACCUUUGGUCAAUUCAAAUAGAUGGUUAGAUCUUCAACCAACUAAGCCACCAUCGGUAUCAUUAGAACCAAAGUUAUUAAAUAAUGCACCUCCAUCCACAUCACCACAACAACCUAAUAAUUCAUCAACACCAUCCUCAUCAUCAUCAUAUAGAUUAGUUAAUCCAUUUAAUGUUUUAAAAUAUUCUAAAAAAGUUAUGGAAGAAAACCUUUAUAGACCAUCAGCUAGUGUAAAUCAUUCUAAAAAAUUAGUACAAGAUCAAGAAACUCAACAGUAUAUUAAUUUAUUAACUAUUGGUUUUAAAAAAUUAUUUGAAAGUGAUAUUGACUCAAAGGCUAUCAAUGGACAAAAUAAUAAUAGUAAUAAUAAUUGCAAUAAUUUAAAUGUAAAUAAUGUAAAUAUAAAUAAUAAAAAUAGUAUUGAAGAAACACCAACAAACCAAAAAGACGGGGCUUGUAUUAGUGAUUUUUCAAAUGAAGAUUUUAAUCAAGCAACCAAUAUUGAAAUCAAAAUUGAUUCAGACUUAGAUCUAGAAGAACAGAUUAUAAAUCAAUUCCAUCAUCUACAAGUUCCACACCAACCAGUAUCCACUUCUGAAAGUUCAUCAGCAACUGUAACAACAACAACAGAUUCAUUAAAAAUAACAACUAUAACCUCACCAGCAGUAACUACAAAUAAAUCAUCUACAGCAUCAUUAACAUCUUCUUUAUCAGAUAAUUGGCAGUUUACAAUAUUCUCACCAAAGGUUUUUAAAGAAAUAAGAAAAUAUUAUAAUGUUGACAAAGAUUUCCUUAGAACCAAAUCAAUAGGCAGCCCAGAGAUAUCUGAUAUUGUAAAAUUUUUAGAGGUUCAAACUGUGGGUAGAAGUGGUAGUUUUUUCUAUAAAUCAGAGGACAGUAAAUACUUUAUAAAAACAAUUCCAUCAAGCGAGUAUAACACAUUCACUAAAUUAUUUCCAUCAUAUUAUCAACACAUUAAAAAGUAUCCAAAUUCUUUGCUUCCAAGAUUCAUGGGAGUAUAUCGUUUAAAGGGUAAAUUAAAAUUAAGUGGUGCUUCCUAUUAUAGUAGUGCCCAUAGAGAUAUCAUAUUCGUUGUAAUGGCCAAUCUUUUCUAUUCUGAACAAAAGUUGGAAAUUAAAGAAAAAUAUGAUUUAAAAGGUUCAACAAUAGGUAGAUAUGUUGAUGUUAAUCAAUUUCAGCAACAAUUAGCCAAGGAACAGCAACAGCAUCUAAACGGUACAGAUAGUUUGAAUACAAGUAUUAGUAGUAAUAGUAGUUGCUAUAAUAGCAGUCAAAUAAAUGGUGUAGAUAAUAGUAAUAAUAUUCAAACUCAGGAUUUAACAUUCAAAGAUUUAAAUUUAAAAAGAAAGAUUCAUUUGGGUAAAUUAAAAAAAGUAUUUAUACAACAGUUAUCAAUCGACUCUGAAUGGAUGUGCAGCCAUGGUAUAUGUGAUUAUAGUUUAUUGGUUGGUUUACAUUUAAGUGACAAGAAAUCAAUUCAAACUCUUAAAGAAUCUCAAGGUCCAAAGUCACUUGAGAAAAAGGAUAUAUCCUAUUUCAAAAAGGAUUUUAAUGGUAUUGUUGAAAGUACUCAUACCCCUCCACAACCACCACCAUUAUCAACUUCAAAUAUAAUUUAUGAAUCGAAUACAGAAGAAAGUGAUGGAGGUAUAGUUUAUUAUUUAGGUUUAAUUGAUAUUUUAACAACUUAUAAUUUAAAAAAGCGUGGUGAAAAUGCUUUAAAAGGAAUGUUAUUUGAUAGAGCUCAAAUAUCAGCAAUUAACCCAAAAGAUUACCAAAGUAGAUUUAUAAAAUAUAUUGAAUCAAUAGUUGAAUAA